AGCGACAACAGUCUAGGACGCCCUCUUCAAGCGUAUAGUCACAAGAUGGGUUCGAGGCAACUUUGUUUGGGUUGUCUGCUACUCACUUUGAGCUUUGCCGUGCACACAGCAUCGCAGGCGGUUCCACAGUUGCCAGCUGAACCAGCACGCAUCUGCAAGGCCACACAAAUUCUGACCGAGAACAAAGGCUGUGUCGACCGGGAGACGUACCUGGAUCGCGUCCUCAUGCGCACCUGGGUGGCCGAGGAUCUCGACACUGCUAAGAAGGCCGCUGGGAUAGGCAAAACCGUUCGCUGCAAGCCUGAGGAGAUUCUAACGGCAACGGGCUGCACCGCUCAGACGGAGGCACCUCGUCUGGCCAGGGUCAACCGGGCGCAGAUUUCCCACAGCAAACUGCAAGGGGAGCAAGUGGUCAAGUCGGAUGCGGGCGGGGGCGCCGACAGCGCCGGCUCUCCGGAGGUGGCCGAGAAGAAGCUUCAGGCCAGGACGCAGUUUGAUCGGCCAAAGAUCUUGGGUCACAAUCGUAAGCGUAAAUUCGUCUUCCUGCCGGGCAGACAGCUUGAGAGCGGGCGAAAAUGCCGUCCCUACGAGGUGCUCGCCAAAGACAAUCGCUGCAUUCGCAAGCUCGUCCACAAGCCGACUGGCAAAGUCGAGCACAAGGAUCACGAGUACGGCCUUCAGCGGCGACAUCGUCACGGGCCGGUUUAUUCUAAUUCGGUUUAUGGGCCUGGUAACUUAUUGAGGCAGUGAAAAUUCAUUGCUCACAUCUUGCCACACAUUUAAUGGGCUCUUCUCUGCUUGUCUAACCCUUGGCUAAUUUAAUUAAAUUUUAUAUUGUGA